UGGGAUUUAGUGCUGCACAGUGACGGAUGAUGAUUAGGAUUUAGCCGGUUUGCAAUGAGACGGUAACUUUAGCAGCGCCUUCAUUAAUAACGGGCAGGAAGGCAGCGGAGGAUUCGAGCACCGACAUUUCCGUUUCGGUCUCCCCUCCCCUCGCGCUGAUGGUAGAGUGUUCCGGUUCCGUCUGCUGUCGGCCGUUAACCGUUGGAUGACGCUGCUCGCUGUGAAAUUUCGGCGGGGAAGGCUGCACUGUCAGCUGGGUGUGUGCUGUCGGGGGACCGCCGCAAAGCUCAUGCUGGAAGUUUUCAUCUAUAUCUAAGGAAUUCACAAGUUCCAAGAAUGAAGACUUCUGAGGCAGUUCAGUGAUUGCAGACUACUAAAAUGAACUUCCAGAAAAGUUGGAGAUUCAACGCAGGUGUUCAAAACUACGAAGGAUCUUGCAAGAUUAAAUAGGACGAAAGUUUGCUUACUGAGCCGGAAGGUUCAUUUUCAGACAUUUUGUCACCAUACUAGAUUCUCCAAGUAGUGGAAACGGUCUCUCAGCACCCACCUUAUCAAGAAUCAUCAGACCUUAUAGCAGAAAUACAGUCAUUAUGUCACAUUUGAGUUUCUGGUAAAAGUGCUGUAAGAUGCUACCAGAUGCUGUAUUCCUACUCCUGCAUAAAGGCUGAUAAUGGUAUAAUCAGUGAAAAUGAAAUCCAUGAAGUUUCCAGCACGGAAUGUUUAUUCAGACAGUUCUGCUGCAAAUGUUGAAGGUAUUCAAAAUGCGACACAGGCUAAGGAAAAUAAACCGGAACCACAAACUGAACAACAUAGCUGUAGCCUAAAGACAUGCACUCAGGGAUGCUCUAUUUGUAAUCGGACAGAAGCUGACUCAAACUCUGAAUUUAAGGGCUUCAUGGCACCUUAUCAACCAAAUUGCACAGGUUCUGACAGCGUAAAGCUUGUUAAAAAUAUUGACAAAGGAGUUGACAGGUUGCAUUGCAAAAGCCAUAGAAGUCAUGAAGAAGAUGGAAGAAAUGAGAAAACCCAUGGAUCACCCUCUGAUGGCUGCAGCAGCAACAGCAGUAAUGAGGAAAAUGAGAGUUCUAACUAUACAGCAGAAACCUUCAAACAGAAAAUCAGGAACAAAGCGAAAUAUGGUGGACAAUUCAUUAAAUGCCAGAAACCUCCUCCCUAUUUGUCAGAUGUUGAUGGAACCAUACAGGAUUCCAGUGUUCCCAAAACAUCUUUCCAGGAACAUGGCUGUUUCAAAAAAGCUAAAUCAUUUUGGACUAAAGUACGAGCCACUGGAAGUGUCGAUCGUGUAUUUGAGGAACUGAGUGACGUGUUAAACUGCCUGAAACAGAAAAUCAAGGCUGGUAUGGCAAGUGACCAAGAGUAUUUGAAGGCUUUGAUUUUAAUUAACAAGGCUGGAAUCCAAGACUCUUUGCUUUCAUUUGAUACAUCAGAAAAUGAGGAACAAUUUCAGCAUGACAUUGAAGAGGUGGUAUCAGAAAAGGUUAUGAUUUCUGAAGAGCCAGAAGCACAUUCAGCACCAAGCAGUUCCCUGUGUAUACAGACAUCUGUGAUUAAAAGUGUGGCUUCCUCCCCAACCUCUAAGGAUGAACUCAUCCAGCCUAACCCUGCCAAUCAGUUGACCUUUCAACAGCACCAAUGCAGUGGUUUGUGUAUUGCAAGAGUCACACCUCCAACUCCUGAUCAUUUCAAAGGGGAAAAUCCAUUGAGAAUUCCCAUACUUUGUCAGUUUCAAAGACGACAUGGGAAGUUGCAUUGGGAUACUGAGGUCAUGAAUCCUCCUCAUGUCACUUACAAAGCUCCUUGUGGAAGAAGUUUGAGGAAUUUCAAGGAGGUGUGUAAUUACAUUCUUGAAACCCAAUGUGACUUUCUGCAAUUGGACCUUUUCUCUUUCAACACUUACGUCCAGCUUUCACGGACAAUUACUUGCAAGAACCCAGUUAUUUAUGAAGCCGACAUAAGCCAUGGUAUAGAACCUGUGCCAAUCCCUCUGUAUAAUGCAAUCGAUGUCUCCAAACCACAGUAUUUUAAAUAUAGAAAAGCACGGUUGCCUCAUGGAUAUCUUAUUAGCAAUUCAGCAGAGAUGUUUCAACAGAAAUGCAACUGUACAGAUGGCUGCAGCGACAAAUCUAGGUGUGCCUGCCAACAACUGACAGCAAAUGUCAACAAAAGAAUUAAAGAGGCAUCUGGGUAUGAAUAUAAACGACUUCUACAAUAUGCGCCUUCUGGAUUAUAUGAAUGUAAUAAAUGGUGCAAAUGCAAUGAAAGAUUGUGUGUGAACAGAGUUGUACAGCAUGGCCUUAAAACCCGACUACAGUUGUUUAAAACUAAAAGGAAAGGCUGGGGAGUUCGUUGCAGAGAUGAUAUUGACAAAGGAACCUUUGUGUGUUGUUACGCAGGGAGAGUACUAAACAUUGUAAAUGCAGUGGAGAACCAGAGAAAUGGUGAAAUGAUUCAUUAUGAUGUCGAUGUGGGACGUAGCAACAUAGUAAAGCCUUCCAGCAAAGUAGAGAGAAAAGGAUCACAUUUUGAAUCAGAUGGUGAACUAAUGGAUACGAUGGAAGAGGUAAAGACUGAUGUGAAAGUAGAAGAAGCACCUCGUUUGCGGAGAGCUUCAUCCUUAACUCAAAAAGGCACAAAGAAGCCUGAACGUGGAAGGUCAGGUUUUCACACUUCUGAAAAGUCACCGAAUAAAAGACCUAAAACAAAGACAGCCCUUCUGCAGGCUCAACGAAGAAGGCUUCUGGAGCAGGGGCAGAUUUCAGUCGCAUGCAGUAGUUCAGAGGAAGACAACAGUGAAUCAUCAGGGCGGCGAUGCAGAAAACUCCUAAGAACACUUGAGCCAUUUUCACUGAAGCAACACACUACUCUGUCAGAUGAUCAACGUUUCAACAGUGACAAAGGAGGCUUGGACAAUAGAAGCCGUGCUGGUUAUGGAAUAAAUUACUCUAUUCGCUUGGGUGAAAAAGAUUUUGAGAGUCUAGCAUGUAAAAGAUCAUCUGAACAGGAAAAUGAAUCAAACAAGAAAAAGGCAAAUGUACAAGACACAUUGAUUCAGAAUAACCAUCACAAAGAACAGGCUUCAAAAUUACAAAGUAUGUGUAAUGCUAAUGAGCAAGGGGAUUCCUGUUAUUUUUUGGAUGCUACAAAAGAAGGAAACAUAGGCCGAUUUAUUAACCAUAGCUGUGAUCCAAACCUUAUGGUACAAAGUGUUUUUGUAGAUACACAUGACAAGAAUUUGCCGUGGGUUGCUUUUUUCACUAACAGGUAUAUCAAAGCAGGAUCAGAGUUGACAUGGGACUACAGGUACUCCACAGGAAGCAUGCCUGAAGAAGAAAUUCCAUGUCUUUGUGGAUCUACCAAUUGCAAAGAAAGUAUAGUGUAAUACUUGUAACAAGUUCCAAAAUCCAUUAUUAUAUGGUUGAAAAAUGCAGAUCUGAGUCUCUACCUCUUAUCAGCAAAGAUAUUACCAUUUAUUGGUACUGAAAUGAGAAUAAAAUCUUUUACAUUAAAUCUAAAUUAAUAUGGUUCUCCAACUCCCAUUUUUUGAGCUUUCAAAUUUGUGUUAGACAAAUAAUAAUUUUGUGCCUUUUGAAAUUUAUAAGCUUUUUAUCUGGUAUUACAAACAUUUCUUGCAAUACAAAUACUAAAAUUGAUUGAAAUGAUCAUCUUAUCAUUGCCUUGAAUUUAUGGGCAGUACACAGUAAGGUGAAAUUUUUCUGCGGACUUAGUAACACAUACCUGAAGAUCCCAGAUUUGCAGCAAGAUAUGAUCUUGGAUUUUACAACAUCACAAUCUCUCACAAAAUCUGAAGAGGAAAGCUUGAAUGAUGCUUCCAGUUCCAGUUUUAAUUAAUGAUUCAUGCUGGUAAAUGCAUGCAUAUAAAGACUGGUUGAGAAUUGCAUGAUUACUUCCCUCAUCAUGCACCAAGGCUUCAAAACUACAGUCAAGUAACCUAGUGAUAAUCUUCAAAGGGUUUUCAUAGACAUUGGUCACUCAGGAAAGGAAAGAAGAUGGUUGAUAAAGUAAUUCUUUGAUAAAAUCGAGAGCAUUGAAUCAGAUACAAAUUCUUUGUCCUUGCAUUGUUGACAGAAAGCCGUAAUGCAAUUGAGGUUGCAGGUUUCAGAAGAACAUUAUAUAUAUAUAUUCUGUCCAAAAUUAGUUCAUGUCUUCUGCAGUUGCUUUGGUGGGGUACAAACCUUUCCUACCUAUAUGCAUAGGAGCAUUUUGAGAAUAUCUGUUGCUGCUCUAUCUCCCAUUUGUUUAAGAUUCCUUGUGACUUUCAGUCAGCAGCAUGUAACACAGAAGAAAAGCUUGCAAAGCUUCACCUUGAAGUAACAAAUGCACCUGAUGAUGAUUGUCAUGUUCUGCAGACUGAUUGAUUGCUUUAGUGUUGACUGUGGCAAAUCUAAACAUGAGUUGAAAUAUAUAUCUAUACAAUGGCAAUGUUUGAAUGUUACAGAUGGAAGACCUUCAAUGAAGGUUUUAUCCAAUUAAAAAUGUAAAUAUGUUUUUGUAAAAGUAGAAGUUAAUUUUCUGUUGCUGGUUUUCACUGAUCAGAUUACUGAGUACUAGGUAUAAAAUGUACACUUGCAUUAGCAAGUUUUGAGAAGAUUUGUAGCUCAGGUUGACGUUCUAGAUGUAGGUUUGCUCACUGAGCUGGAAG